AUGUUCCAAAUUGUAAAGAAGCUGAAGUUAUUGAAGAAAGAACUGAAAAUGUUGAAUACUCAGUUCUUUAGGAAUCUUGUAGCUGAAGCAAAUAAUGAUAGAAUGACUCUACAUUUAGCACAGAACAAGCAGCAAGCUGACCCCAUGAAUAUGACACUUCAACGGGAAGAGAAGGAGAAAAUUUUUAAGUUCAAAAAUACAUCACAUAUGGAAGAGAUGUUCUUACAACUGAAAAGUAAGGAAAAUUGGAGUAAACUGGGAAAUGACAAUACUAAAUACUUUUAUUUUGUAAUCAAACACAGAAGAUUGAAAUAUGCUACCACACAAUUGAGGGAUGAGAAUGGUGUUUGGAAGCAUGAUCUUGCAACCAUUUCCAGCUUAUUUGUCAAACAUUAUGAGGAAAUGCUUGGUAGGAAAUGUGAAACAGGGAGGAAAACUUUUGAAGGAUUCUUUCAAAAUGGCCAUACACUCACAAUUCAACAACAUAUUGUUAUAAUACACCCUUUUGCUGAGAAGGAUAUCAAGCAUGCGACAUUUAAAAUUGAUAGUAACAAAAGCCCAGGGCCUGCUAUGGGAGUGGGUUUUUAA